CUGAGAUCAGCCUCAAGCUGCCACUGUGACUGCGCUCUGUUUGGAGUCCUGUCAGUGUGAAGCGCGCAGAGCACGGAUCACCUCAUCCUUCACACAGCAUCCUCUUCAGUACAAACCAGAACUACCAGCUCCUCUUGAUCCUCAGGCUGUCGUCACAUGAGCAGGUCUGUCAAACACUGAUGGGAGUGGAGUAUAGUAACCAUGGCACACUGUAAUCUGCGGACACCACCUUCCUCUCCUCAAGAUGAUGUUAACCUGGGACCUUCAGCAAACCCAAAUGCCAGGCCCACUGACUUUGACUUCUUGGCUGUCAUUGGCAAAGGGACCUUUGGAAAGGUCCUGCUUGCCAAGCAUAAAGCCGACAGCAAAUUCUACGCUGUCAAAGUCCUGCAGAAGAAAGUCAUCCUGAAGAAAAAAGAGCAAAAGAACAUCAUGGCAGAGAGAAACGUGCUGCUGAAGAGCCUCAAACACCCAUUUCUGGUUCGGCUUCACUACUCGUUUCAGACUGUAGAGAAGCUCUACUUUGUCCUGGACUAUGUAAAUGGCGGAGAGUUGUUCUUCCACUUGCAGAGAGAGCGGUGUUUCUCAGAACCCAGAGCGAGAUUCUACACGGCUGAGGUAGCAAGCGCCAUCGGCUACCUUCACUCUCUCAACAUUGUUUACAGAGAUCUGAAGCCAGAAAAUAUACUUUUAGACUGUCAGGGCCAUGUGGUGCUGACAGAUUUUGGGCUGUGCAAGGAGGGUGUGGAGCCGGAGGCAACCACCUCGACUUUCUGUGGCACUCCAGAAUAUUUGGCGCCAGAGAUUCUUCGUAAGGAACCGUAUGACAGGACAGUGGACUGGUGGUGUCUGGGAGCCGUGCUGUAUGAGAUGCUCUUCAGCCUGCCUCCUUUCUACAGCCGUGAUAUUGGUGAAAUGUACGAUGGGAUCCUUCACAAGCCGCUGAUGCUGCCUCCGGGAAAGUCUGAGGCCGCCUGCUCUCUGCUGGUGGGUCUUCUCCAGAAAGACCAGCACAGACGCCUGGGAGCCAUCGCAGACUUUUUAGAAAUAAAGAACCACACCUUUUUCACUCCGAUCAACUGGGAUGACCUUUACCACAAGAGAAUCACCCCUCCUUACAACCCUAAUGUGAGGGGCCCAGCUGACACUCAACAUAUUGAUCCUGAGUUCACCAGAGAAAUGGUUCCUAACUCAGUGAGUCAGACCCCAGACUUCAAUCCCAGCACCAGCUCCAGCAACGCCUUUACUGGGUUCUCCUUUGUCGGCACCGAGGACAGCUUUCUGUGACAUCCGGACAGAUGAAUCGCAGCUAACUGUUUAAAUGAUUUUUUAGCGCAGAAAUCUUGUUCAUUAUUUUUAAAAGUUUUCUC